AUGAAUCGCAGAGACACUGCAUUCUCUCCCGUAUCACAGGUUGUAUAUAUAUCAGGAGCCUACUGUGAAAGAUUCAGUACCAUCAACAGUAUUCCGUGCAAGAUGAAGACUCUAGUAACGAUUGUGCUUCUAUCUGCCAUUGCAUCUGUAGUGGAGCUAAAAUCAGAUUCGAAAAAGCAAAAGCGCGGAGUAGCAUUUUUUGGGUCGCCCGAUUUAUUUGGAAUUGUGCCAGCAUUCGGUCCUGCAUCGUGGGCUCCUUCAAAUUUUGCGGCUUCGGCCUGGAAUCCGUUGAGCAAUCCAGAUAUUGCGCUCGCGCAAGUUCAAGUUCAAGCCGCGCAUGAUGUGGCACUUCAAGCUUUGAAGGAUCCGGCACCUGGCACACCCAGCAUCGCAUACCCAUCUGAAGUUUUAAAAGCGAUUCAACAAGCAAAAGAAGCGAAUAAUAAUGUUGCCCUCGCCCAGCAUAAAGUUGCGGAAGCGAAGCAAGCCACGCUGUUUCAACAGAAAAUUGCAUUAGCAAAAGAGGCAGCAGCGAGAGAGGCUGCUGCCAGAUCACAAAAAAUUUCUCAGCACGCCGAGGCCGAAGCUAAAGCCAGCGCUCGACAACUUGUAGCCCUGCAACAGAGAUUAGCAACCCUAAAAGCAGCUGUAGCAGCCGCACAAAGAGUAGCGGCGGCUAGAGAAGCCGCCGCAGCUGCGGCUAUUCAAAGAAACGCAGCUGAAACUGCCGCAGAAUUACAAAAACAGGAAGUCGAUAAACAAAUUAACCAGAGCGAACAGGAAGCUAAGGAAAAGAAUGUAUUAGCUGCAAAAGAAAAUGCAAUUGCAGCUGCAGUUCAGCAAGCAAGCUUACAAAAACCGGUUCAUCAUCCUUGGAGUUGAAAUUAUUUUAUAAUGUUGCAUUAAUACAGACAUAUACAUAUAAUACAUUUAUGGUGGUGGCA